UCGAAUUCUAAUAUACAAGCAUAUACAUAGUUUGACAAAAGUUUACACAUGCAGGAAACCGGAAAAUAAUAUCCAACCGUCUCAAAUAAAUGACAAUAAAUCACAACUCUUAAUUAUCGAUGAAAUCGAAGCAUCUCAAGCUUGAGGUACACUACACUAACCUACGGGUUAGAUAGUCGCCGUCAUGGCUGACCUAUUUCAAGAAUUUUUGAACCCACCUAAUUCGGCUGGCCGCCGUUCAAAUGACAAGGCUACCUCGGAUCCCGUAGCCCUCGAAUAUCUAUCCACUCUAGCUUCUAUGCCCCUUUCUCAAUUAGAGAGCUCCGAGCAACAAUCUUUAUCACAGUCAUCUCAUUCGCUUCUUUUAUCUCUACAAGCCCUUUCUAAACGCUCUCACAAAUCUAUCAUCAGCUCCGCAGAGAAUCACUCCCACCUUCGCACAACAUUACCCGUUCUAGCAACCUCAACCAGUGACCUCACAGCUGCCAUACCCAAGUUAGAUAAUGAAGCGGUUAAGUUUUCUACAACUUAUCAUAAGUCUGGAGACAAUGAGAUACUCAACGCUCGGAAACGAGCCCUUUUAUUAACAAGGAAUGUCGAACGGUUAGUCGACGUACUUGACCUCCCUACCUUGCUUUCUACAGCCAUCUCAACUGGGUCUUCUGCACCAGCUGCAAACUAUGCAUCCGCAUUAGAUCUAAAUGGCCACAUCCGUCGGUUGCACGGAUUAUAUCCAGACUCACCUUUAGUGAAUUCUGUAUCGACACAGGCCGAUGAUGCCAUGCAGGCCAUGGCUAAAAACUUGAUAGCAAGUUUACGGACCCCGGGCCUGAAGCUAGCUUCCGCCUUAAGAACGACUAGUUGGCUGCGAAGGGUAGUGCCUGAAUUAGAUUCUGCUGGUGCUGCUGGAAACGGUGGAGGGUUGGGAGCUUUGUUCCUCGUCUGUCGACUAUCGACGCUUAUUAAUAUGCUUGCUGCGUUGGAGCCUCUUCGCGAGCUAGCAGAACAGGAAAGGAUACGGCAACAGCAAAGUUCGAAAGGAAGCGCAUGGUCUGGGGGCCAACAAACUGAAAGAUAUCUUAAACGGUACAUAGAAAUAUUCAGAGAACAGAGUUUCGCCAUAGUGUCUAUGUUCAGGAGUAUAUUCCCCACGCCGACGAACGAAGCGCACUCGAAAGCUGGCAACGACCCUUUGCAGCCAAUACCUUCUGCAUUAUCAACAUUCCCGUUCCAUCUUAUCGAGAUGUUAAUGGAGACCCUACGAACCUACUUACCGACCGUCAAAGACCAACCAUCCCGUGACAGUCUUCUGACGCAGGUGCUAUAUUGUGCUGGAAGUCUUGGCCGCUUAGGAGGAGACUUUGGAAUAUUACUUGCCACCAUCGACGUUGGUGAGGAGGCAGAAGAUGAAUGGGUCGAAGUAGUGAAGCGACAUCGGCUUAUGGCAGGUCGACUAGAGUCGAUUGUCGGAGGAAAGGACAAAAUCACCCCGGAUCCUAUCAAGGCAUAGACACCAGGACCAGUCUGAAUCGAUUUAUGAAUUGCGCCAAAGACGGAUUUUGGAUAUUAUAACAUACGAUUGCUCGACUUUUCCUGUACCUGGAGCUGACGUUCAGUGAGACACCUGUUGGCUGCGAAGACACGAAUUUACUAUAGAAGAUAUGCGGAAGCAUUUCCUACUAGUUGGCGGCAUAUGAUUAUAGAAUACCCACUUGAGGUAGAAUCUUAAAAAAAAGAUACCCAGCCGAAUAUGAGUCUUAUGUCUAGUUUACGAGAAGAUACGAGGACUGAUCUAGUGUAUAUAUAUAUGCACAAAUACAGUAUUAUAUGCAGCAAACAAGUAUUACUAUUGCGAGUUAGUAUCACUAUACUGAAGGCUAUGACGCAACCGUAUCUUUUCCGGUCCCAUAAAAUAAAAAUAAUUCAUGACGGGAACCCGAGGCUGCCGGGGCCGAGAAGCUAUCCAUC